AUGAACUCGAACUCAACUGACUACAAGUCCAAUUUGUCAAUGGUGCAAACUAUCAAGGGAUACUUGGACUCGGGUGUAGGUCGUAUCGAUCAGAUUGUGGAAUUGUUGACUUCAUUAUGGUUUAAUUUAGAAGCUGGUAGAUUGCAACUCAACCAAAAGAACUUGCAUGUGUUGCUUAUUCAAACCUUGUUCCACAAGAAUGUGCUUGACUACUCCAAGGAGAACGAAGAAGUCAGUGAAUUGCUUGUCAAAUUCAGUGAGUCGGUUAUUGCUAAUGGGAUCACUAGAAGAAGUUUACUUCCAGAAUUAACCAAGUGUAUUUUGAACUAUGAACAAGAGUUGGAUUGGUUAGUUCCUGUGUUGAUUGAUGCUUUCUUGGUAUAUCAAUUGAGAAACAAUAGCUUCCGUCUUGAAUCGAUAAUUUCUAGAAUAUACGAUGAACAAAUCAGUUUGACCAAGUCUGACAUAUAUGCUGACACUUAUGGUGAUGAGGAAAUCUCUGCUAGAGUCAACUUGAUGGCUAUUUUCAACAGCAUUAAGAAAUUAUUCAAUAUUGUUAAUAAUGUUGAUUCUAUAGAAACCUGGAAUCGAAUUCAAUUAUGGACAAUCGUCCUAUCCAUAGUUGACAAAGUCAGUAUCGACUACAAGUUGAUUCUCAACAUGAUUGAAACCGACAAGAGUCCAAUGAUUAGAGUGUACCUUGAAUGGAUCUUAUCUUAUAAACUUCUCACUGACAAGAAUGAACAAAUUGUCAAUCAAAUGUUUGACACCUUGGCAAGCAAUACCAUCACACCAACCAUUGUCAUUUCCUAUGAGAAGAUCCUCUACCUUAUGAUUAAGCAAGCGCCUACUGUUGAACAAGUGACUAAAUUGCUUAACAUCAUCAUUCCUGGGUCGACUUCAAACAAGGCAUUGACAAGACACUUUUCCUUGAGUUUAAUCAUGUCCAUUCAUAGCAACGACAAGAUAAUGAGCAUACUUUCGCAGGAUAUGUUGCACGUUGUUGAUAGUAUUUAUAGCAAUACUAUGAAAUCAGACAGUAUCAAUGAUCACAAGACUGGUGAUGCUUUAUUAUGGGAUAUUACUGAGUUCACCUUGUGUAAUUUGUCAGGAGGGUUGAUCUAUAGAUUGUACAACCGUGAUGAUGUUGAUUAUAUCUUGCCUAGCCAAUACCAAAGAUAUUUAUCUGAGGAACAUGUUAAGAAGUUGAACCAUCCAAUUGGAGAUGUUAUCCAAGAGAAACAAGCUCAGGUAGGUAAGAAAGUCAGUAAGGCACUUACUGGAAACCCACUUCAGACCAAGUCAGGUGCAUGGACUACCAUUAUGGAUAUCGACGAAGGAAGACAAGACAUUGUCCGAAGCGACUUGAUUGUGGUGUCUUCACUCGUGGAUAAACCACCUAACUUGGGUGGGAUCUGUAGAUUGUGUGAUGUCUUGGGAGCAGGUACACUCACACUUAAUGAUAUGACUGUUACUCAACACCCGCAAUUCAAGAACGUUGCUGUCACCGCUGAUCAUUGGAUGCCGAUGAUUGAAGUUAAGAUGGAAGAGAUUAAGGAUUAUUUGAUCGCAAAGAAGAAGGAAGGAUAUACCCUUAUUGGGUUGGAACAAACUACUGAGUCUGUGGAACUUAAUAACAAGUUAGAGUUCCCUAAGAAGUCGUUGAUCUUGUUGGGUAAGGAAAGAGAAGGUAUUCCGGGAGAUUUAUUGAGUGAGUUGGACUUUUGUGUCGAGAUUAAGCAAGUUGGUGUUAUCAGAUCCAUGAAUAUCCAAACUGCUACUGCUAUUAUUGUGCAUGCUUACUCAUCCCAGCACUGUUAA